CACAAAAAUUCUUGGUUUGAAUCAAUUAAUUAUUUUGCAUACUAGUAUUUUCGAUAACUAAUGUAUGUAGUCCUUUGUAGGUAUGUGGCGUUAUCCCAAGUUGGGCUUAAUGCCCUUGCGGACACAGCGACGCUAUUGGACAACCAUUUCUUCCUCUGGUGCUCCUACGCCAGUUCAGUACGUUGGGUCAGCAUGCCGGCAGCCUGCACACGCAGCAUGCGUUCCAACAGCAUCAUCACGGGCAUCUGCUGCAUCACGGUUACGCGGCAGCGCCGUGUCUAUACAGGUGCGGCGCCUACACGUGGACGAUGUCGACGAAAUCCCCGUCCUGCACGAUCGCAUUGAAGAUGUCGCGCGCAUUCGGGAAAUUGUCCAGUCGAACUCACCACUUUCACUGUCGCCAUCGGAGCGUACAGAGCUGCAAGAAACACUGCACCGAGUGCUCGAUGGACCGGCAUCUAAGCGCUUCUUGUACGCCAGCCUGGAUUGCUGUCCAAUGUACACCGCCGCGCACGCUCAUCUGCCCCCGAAGGAACGCUAUGCCAGGAAUCGCCUGUGCGUUGUGUAUGUGAGCACUGACGACAGCUUCUUUGGUCAGUUCCGCAACAAGUGGGAGCAGCUACCGCGUAUGUAUGUCCUGGAUGAAUGGCUGCACGUGUACGAAUUUAUGGAGUUUCACGAGCACCUGUUUGACGGUGUCAGUUUCCCGGUGAGGAGUUUUGCUGCAUCUUCCGACUGCAUCAUCUACUCCGACCCGGACUUCAGAAAACUGCGCGAUUCCGUUAAGGACCCGCGCUCCCUGUACCCUGCUGCCUUCCUGCAUUCAGCGACUGCCGCGGUGAUGAACAGCACCUUCCAGCGCGGCUGGUCGAAAGGCGCCUUCAAUGAGCGAGACGACACCACAGUGGAGCAGCUGUGCAACGCACGAUGGCUGAAGAACAUACUUGACCGUAGCCUCAGCGGGCUCCCGCCACGCACCUCCUGGGCUGACUUCACAAAGGAAGGUCAAGAAGAGGAGUUGGUCGUAGUGGAGAAGCUCAAGACGGAGUUUGGAAGGACAGAGCUGAUGCUGGAGUUGGAGAACUGGUACGACUGGCUGGAUAUAUUGCUCAACGUCGACAAGGUUGGCUACCCGACGCUUUUCUACCUGCGCACUGCUUUCAACUUGCUGGCUGGAAACUUCUAUUCAUCGAACAUUAUUUCAACGCCCAGAAUCCAUGAUACUGCGGAUGGCAUUGAAAAGGCCGCUGGCCUGCUGAAGCGCUUUCAGAAGCCGUUCUCGAUGGACCGCCGCCGUGGCCGUUCUCGGCCCGGCCAAGACGACAGCUCGCCGUUUCGCAUUAUCUCUCCGGAGAACAUGAUGUGCUUCACACUGUCCGGCUCCAAGCUGUACAAUCUGGAACUGCCGACCAGCGAUGAAGACUACUGCCUGAUCUUCAGGUAUCCUGAUCUGCGGACAAUCAUUCGCAAGCUGCAGCGCAAGUCAGUGGAUGUACUUGAUUUCCGGGCUCAAGCUGCAAGAAUGGGCGACCCAGAUCUCUCCGUCAUUGCCGCCUGGGAGGCUAGAAAGCUGCUAACUAUGCUGUUGAAAGGGGCCGUCGAGUGGUAUCAGAUCCUGUAUCAUGAGGAUGAUCUACUGUAUGAACACCCUUUAUUCCAGGAGCUUCGUCGCAAUCGUGACAAGAUGAUGUCGGAGACGGUCAUUGACAACUUCCGCAAGUUUACCAAGUCCUUCCUGCAUCAGCUGGACGAAGAAAGUCCCAGCAUUCCUGCUCACAAAUGUCUUUACCAAGUAUUCCAUAAGCUGGACCAGGUGGAAAGCAUGAUUCGUGGAGAAGCACCCCGUGUCAUCUGCACUGGUCAGGACCGUGACUUCAUCAUGAAGAUCCGCAAGGGAGAGAUGGAGAACCAACACAAUGAUUUGAAAGAAGAGGCAUGGAAGCGGCUGCGGGCAACAUCCGUCUAUCGUGAAGAGCACGGUCCAGCAUGGAGGCAAGAUUCUGACAAAGACUACCUCGUCGAGUGGCUCUACGAAGUCUACGGGCUACGCUUUAGCAAGGACAAGAUGACUGGCAGUGCGUUUGAUGUGCUGGUGGAUGGCGAAAAGGCCAUACCGGACCCAGACAAUCUGGAGAGUCUGGACAGGAAAGGCACGGUCGACUGGCAUGUCAUGUCCGACGGGAUUGUACAAGUGUAAUGAUGUCAGUGUUCCUUCCACUGUGCACCAUCACUACUAUGCUAGGCAAGGUCACUGCUGUGCAUCUCAGUCACCGUGCCUAUCCAGGAAAGACGUUUUAAAGUGUUCAGCACUCUUUCCAACUGCCAUGUCGGCCGUACGACUUGCUCUAUGUGGAACACAUCCAGUUUUAGAACUUUGAGAAGAUUUCCCCUUGAUGCUGACACAAAUUCCCAGUGCCUGGUGCACAGUGUAAGUGUAUGCACUGGGCAGCUCAGAGUAUAGUCAGUGCAGUGCGUUGGUCACUACUACUACUACUACGGCAUUGUACUUCUCAGACCGCACUGCACUGCAGGCGUGCUAGCAGUACUACUGUGAUCACAACCUGUGCAGUGCUGCACGCCUGCUAGGACUAGCAGUCCUGUGAUCACAACAUGUGCAGUGCUGCGCGACUGCUAGCAGGACUGUGAUCACAACCUGUGCAGCUGGCCUCCUGUUCGCAUCUGGACAUAGAAACCCCAUUUGGUGUUUCUCAAGCUGUACACACAUUAGACUGUGGCUAGUAUGUAUGUACCUCCAAUCCAGCAAAGUUAGGUUCUACGCUAAAAAGCCCAUAAAUAAGCACAUGCUGGUUUUCAAUCCGAGUACCUCUCCCUGUACUUAUUCUCAGGCAAUGUACUAAUUUUCACCGUGCACAUUCUGAGUAUGAUUUGGCGGUAAUAAGCCAGGAAGUCCAUGCACUAUUGUGCAAAUGGCACAUCAUGAUUCAGGCCACAUGUAGCACAUCAGAAAACAAGUUAUGCAUACUCGUAAAUAGACGUGGCUUCACUUCAAA